AUGGCGGUAUCAGAGGCUCCCACGACGCUACGUCGACUGAGAGGACAAGAGUCGAUUGAAGAGGAUCAACUUUCACUGGAUAAGACGGAGAAAACACAACCAAUGGCCGUGCCAAACAUGAAUAAACGACGUUGUGUCGUGUCGACAAAGCCGUUGAAAGGAGUGGACGUUCUUACGUCUAGAACGUGUACAGCAGUGACUUGUGAUCGUGAUGAGAAGGAAGAAAAGAGACAAUUUCCAAGUGAUAAUGUAAUGCAUAAGGUCGAAGAUGAAGGGGGAGGUGAUGUGUUGGUACCACAUGAUGUCACUAUCGCAACGGAGAUUGCCGUAAUUGCCGCAAAGAAUGAAGAAUUACAUCGGAGUGUCGCUUUCUUGAAGCAAAAGUUUGCACUACAAGAAGAUCAUACACGUCAAUUGUUGGUAGGAUUAGGAGCAUUGAAUACAGUGAGUAAUGAAUUGGCAACAUUACAGAAAGAGUAUCAAGCACGGACGGAGAAAAAUACAGCACUGAUUCAGGAAUUACUUGUACGGAUUUCAAAUUGCUCGGCGCAAGUUGACACACUAAAGCACAGUCGUGGACUCAAGACGGAACAAGUACAUAAAUUUAAACAAGAAUGUGCGCAGGAAAUGAACCGAUUAAUUUCUCGCCUUGGAGAUCUGGCAGGGGAUGCAUGUCAAGAACAAGUUGAGCAGCUAAAAGAAAAAGUGUGUGAGCAAAGAGCACAGGUUGUUGAUGAUAGAUCCGUGCAAAGUGUAGGAGGACCUACGUUGCAGCAAGAGACGACAGACCGGAUAAAUCUAGCAUUAGAGCAGCUGGACAAUCUCCAUGCUGAUAUGUUCCAGUUGAAGCAUACUCUUGUGCAAGAGAACCAAUCCUUCCGGCGGCAUCUCGAGGAUCAUUUAACGCGUCAAAUUGCACACACCCGUGAAAUGCAGGAUAAUGAAAAAGAGCGCAUUCAUGAGGAAAUGGACGAGAUCCGAUCCGGCAUGUGCGGCAUUCUUAAGGACAUACAUCGACUAAAGGAACGAACGAAAUACUUGGUGCCGAGUAUGGCAAAAUCAUCGUCGCUGCCAUUAGAGGUUAUUGACAAAAGUAGUGAUGAUCAUUGGAUGGGUAUACAGGCACCGAGUUCCAAUGCACCAAUGCCUUACGAGCAUAACUAUGAUUGGGUGAUACCGCGUCAAUUGGAAGCUCAUCACGCACGUUUUAAUGAUAUUUACCACACCAAGUCAGGCAACGCUAGUCCAGGAAAAUCAGGUGACAAGACAUGUCAAGUGUUUACUCCGGAAGAUGCUCCUGCCAUUGUUCAACAUGCUACACAGCUUUGCAAAAGCCCCCACUAUUCAUCUUGCUCCUCGAGCCUAUCACGCCGCCUCAGUGUUUAUGGAGAAAAGAAUGGCAAGCCCACUGCAGAACAGUUUGACCGACAGCUUCAGGAACAACAUCGACUUUUCUGGAUUGGAGAAGGUGCAGGAUAA